GCCUAAACUCCUACGUAUAAAUAGGGACGUCCUUGAAACUUAAAAAGACCACCAAUAAUUAGAACAAUACAGAGCAAAAACAACAAGUGUUUAAAGGUAAGUGAGAAUGUCCAACACCAGUGAGCUCGCCUGCACUUACGCCGCUCUAAUCCUCCACGACGAUGGAAUUGAAAUCACCGCUGAGAAGAUAGCAAAACUAGUGAAAGCAGCCAACGUGAACGUUGAAUCAUACUGGCCUAGCCUCUUUGCUAAGCUGUGUCAGAAGAAGAACAUUGAUGAUCUCAUCAUGAAUGUUGGAGCUAGUGGUGAUGCAGCUGCUCCGGUUGCUACCAACGUUCCUGCUGCUGCACAAGCUGUCCCAGCAGCUGAGGAGACAAAGAAGAAGAAGGUAUAUAUAUUUAUUGUCUGUCUCAGGACACAGUUACAAUUAUUGAAUACAAACCUAACUAUAUAAUAUGCUUAUAAUGAAAACUAAUCGAAUGUAAUUGUUUUGUGAUUUUAGGAGGAGGUGAAGGAAGAAAGUGAAGAUGACAUGGUCUUCGGAUUGUUUGACUAGAAGCCCUUCUUCUUUUUGUUGAAAUAUCUUUUUUUUUCUUUUCGGUGUAAGAUAAAUCUUUGUCUUGUUGCUUUUUUUUGGAACAACUUUGUCUUGUUGCUUUGAGAAGCUUUUUUUUUUUGUUGUUAAAUCCUCAAACUUUAUAUUCAACAUAAUACAUUAUUAAUACUUUUUGCUAAUCAGUUUUAGUUAGAGAAUUAAAACCUAUAUCUUAUCUAUAAGAAAUAAAUUAAAAUUUUGGUCAAUUAAUUUGUUUUUCUGAACACAUGAUAAAUCAUCUAACAUCAUCUCCAAACUGCAUCUAUUUUUCUUUAAUAAUUAAAAAAACUCUAAAAUAGAUAUAAUUUCUCUUAAAUAUGAUUUUUUAAAUAGAUGAAUGCAAUAUUUUUAUUUACAGAUAAAUGGUAAUAAAAUUAUGUAACAUUCUUGGCUUAUGAAAAUGUAUUUUGCUUUUUUAACAUUCUUGUGCAUUCAUUUUUUAUAAUAGAUGAAUGCAAAAUGUAUUUUGCUAUCAUCUGAUCUAUAGAGAGAAUCAAGAUAGUAACUUCUUUUUCAGUUUCUUUUACCUCAAAAACAGAGUAAAACAGAACCAUUUAAAAAAGAGUUGUUUAGCCUUUUAUUAAUAUGUACAUUGUUUCCUGAACCAUAACAGAUUCAAUUCCUUUCACUGUUUUUUUCUUCUCAAAGAACCCUUACCUCCUAUACAGACAACAAACUGCAAGGAGAGAAGUAAGAUCAGUUUUGGUUUUGAA